CCUACUACAGAGUACUACUUCAGAGUACUGCCAGAGUACUACCAGAAUCCUACACAGGUCUCUCGUCCUCGCUGUCCUGUGAUGGAGGCGGUAGCGCCCCCUAGCGUCUCUCUGGUGUCGGUGCUGUCUCUAGUGGCCUGCAGCUUCCAAGUGUUGGCCGCCGUCCUUCUGAGCAGGUACGGUGGGCGGGUCUCCACAGAGGACAGGUGGGUCCUGCUGUGGCUCUUCUAUGACGUCAUCGUCCACCUGACCCUGGAAGGUCCGUUUGUUUACAUGUCUCUUGUGGGAAUGGUGGAAACGUCUGAAGGUCCGCUGGCUGAACUCUGGAAGGAGUACAGUAAAGCUGACCGUCGCUGGCUGGUUUCUGACCCCACCAUCGUCUCCAUCGAGAUCCUGACCGUGGUCCUGGACUCUCUGCUCGGGGUACUGCUGAUACACGCAGUACUGAAGGACAAGUACUACAGAGUACUACUCGAGGUACUACUCGGUGCUACUGAGUGCUUCUCGGUACUGCUGCAGGUGUCUCUGGGCUGGAUGACGUUCUGUCCUGAUUGGCUGCUGGGCAGUCCUCACCUGGACACGUCCAACGGGCUCUACCUGUGGGUCUACCUGGUCUUCUUCAACGGGGUCUGGGUCCUGGUCCCGGUUCUGCUGCUGGUCCAGUCCUGGUACUCUCUGAAGAGACUGCAAAGACUCAGACCGGACGACGACGUCAUCAAGAAGAAGAUGAAGAGACUCUGAUCAGCGAUCAAUGAUCAUUUGAAUCUAAAAUGGCGCUGUGCCAACGGCUGCUUGUUUCAGUAGUGGCGUUUUGCUUUUAUUUUAUUGUCUUUUUUUGCACUUUUCCUCUCUUUUUCUUUUUCUUUUCUUUCACGUUUGUCUUAGUUACGGUCGGACACUGGACCAUAACUACUUUUUUCGAUAAUUCUACUGUGGCUUUUGUUCACUUUGUCGUGAGUAUCGGAGAGCCUGCAGCAAAACAAUGACGGGGACCGUCGUCUA